ACAUUGUAACAAGAAAGCAAGUAAAACCACCAGCUUCAUAUCGUUUAAUUGUGAGAGCCAUGGAAGAGGAAGGGCUAAAGCUGAUUCUGUCAAGUGAUGAAGAAGAAGAAGAAACAGCGAGCACAAAACUUGAGCUCACAGUAGAUGAAGUAAUAGAAGGGUAUGUGGGGUCCUUGGGGAUCUCUCAAGUGCUGCAUGUAUUCUUAGUGUCACUGGCAUGGAUAUUUGAUGCCCAGAGUACACUGGUCGCCAUAUUCAGUGAUGCACAGCCACCUGCUUGGAGGUGCAAAGCUCCUGGUCUGUGCCUCAACAACAGUAAUAGUUCCAGCAACAGCACUGGUGGUUCUGUUUGUGAAUUGGUGCCAGGAACUUGGGAAUGGAUUAAUGGCCACACAAGUUCUACCUUAGCUGAGUGGGGUCUCAUAUGUGACCGCAAGUUUCUUGCUGCAAUUCCGUCUUCCUUCUUCUUUCUUGGUUCUCUCAUUGGGUCUGCUGUGUUUGGUCGCUUAGCUGACUCCUGGCUGGGGAGAAAAAGAACAGUGCUGGUUUCCUGCAUCUUAACCUCCAUAACAGCCUUUGCUACAUCUCUCUCCCCAAAUGUCUGGGUUUAUGCCGUCCUACGCUUUGCAAUGGGCUUUGCCAGAUCUGGAAUUGGCAUUUGCUGCCUCGUCCUCUCCACAGAAUCAGUAGGGCGCGAAUGGCGUGGUCAAGUGGGCCAAUAUGGCUUCUUCUUCUUCACAAUCGGUUUUCUUUCCCUCCCUCUUCUGGCUUACCCAACCAGAACUAGCUGGAGAAACUUAUACAGAAUCUUUUCCCUUCUCCCUCUUGCAUACGUUAUCCUAUGCCUCCCUUUUGUCUCGGAGUCACCACGUUGGCUUCUUGUCAGAGGAAGAGCCAAAGAAGCACUUGCAGUGCUAGAUAGAUAUGCUAGACUCAAUGGGAAGAAAAAGCUCCCUGACACACUCCGCCUGGCAAACCCUUCAGGAUCCAAACAGGGCACCACCAGUGAAAAUGAAACAAACCCAGAAAACAACAAAGAGAGCCUUUGGACUACAAAAUGGGCUGCAAAAAGAAUGGCUAUUGUUAUGUUAUCUGGGUUUGGAGUUGGGUUUGUUUACUAUGGGAUUCAACUGAAUGUUGAAAAUUUGAACUUCAAUCUUUACAUCUCAGUUUCGCUCAAUGCAUUAAUGGAAAUCCCUGCGGUUUUAAUUAGCAGCUUCCUCUUAGGCUUCACCAACAGACGCUUACUGUUCUCUGUGUCCACUUACAUGGCUGGGAUUUCUUCCAUCUUUUGCACUUUUCUCUCAGGAAAAGUAUCAAACAGUUUGAAGGAACAAAAAAUAGGAGGGAAUUGGGCUCAACUGAUCAUCGAAGCAAUCGGGUUCAUGGGUGCUUCUACUGCAUUUGACAUCCUAUAUGUUUAUUGUGUAGCUUUUCCCACAAAUGUGAGGAACUUCUCCGUUUCGAUGUUGAGACAAGCUUUGAUGUUGGGGGCUUCAAUGGCGCCAUUGGUGGUAGUGUUGGGACGUUUGAGUCCGUCACUAUCGUUUCUGGUAUUUGGUUUGUUAUCGAUCAGUAGUGGGUUGAUGAGCUUGUGGCUUCCUGAGACUAGAAAUGCUCCGUUGUAUGAGACCCUGGAACAGCAAGAACAGAACGAGAAGCUUAAUUGGGUACCUGAAGAUUCUGGUUUGGAACUUGGAAUAUGAUUGAAAGAAAAUCUUAAGAA